CCAGUUAUUCCGCGUGGAACGAGGGCAGAUGAAAUGCAGGCCUGCAUAAAAUCUUCUUACAUCUGGAAUGGCAUUCAAACACUUGGAUUAUCGACUAACAUGCGAGUUCAUCUCAACGGUGAUCCCUCUGCCCAGCAGUUUGCAGAUAAUCUACUGAAACUAGGAAAUGGAGCCCUUACUUCAGAAAAUGAAGAUGGAUAUGUAGCGAUGCAAGGCAUUGGAAGGAUUGUGACUACUGAAGAAGAACUGAAAGAGGCUGUGUUUCCGAAUGUGAUUCACCACUUCACUGAUCACGCAUGGCUGUGCGAAAGAGCAAUUCUUGCCCCAACAAACGAAGCCGUCAGUGUUAUCAACAAGGAACUUUUACAGAACUUACCCGGAACUCUUCAUAUUUACAAAUCUAUAGACACGACAUGCAAUAUUGACGAGGCUGUCAACUAUACGACAGAGUUUCUCAACAAAUUAGAGCCACCUGGAGUACCCUCCCACAUAUUGGACUUGAAGGUUGGAGCACCGAUAAUUCUCCUCAGGAAUCUGGAUCCGCCUGCACUUUGCAAUGGAACAAGACUUUCUAUCAAGAAACUGAUGCCAAAUAUUAUAGAAGCCACCAUCAUGACCGGACAUGCUGCAGGCGAAGAUGUGUUUAUUUCAAGAAUUCCUAUAAUCCCUUCCGAUCUCCAGUUUCAGUUUAAGCGUCUACAAUUCCCUGUUCGUUUGAGUUUCGCGAUGAGCAUUAAUAAGGCACAAGGACAAUCUCUCAAAGUUGUAGGGCUCGACCUCCGUAAGCCGUGUUUCUCCCAUGGUCAACUGUACGUGGGUUGUUCAAGAGUUGGUAAUGCCGAUAAUCUACACAUCUUAUCUCCGAAUGGAAGAACAUUAAAUAUAGUUUAUCCCGAGGCUCUCUAACGAAAAGGACAAUCU